AUGAUUAUAUUUGUCAUGAUUGGUAAUUUAUUAAUCAUAAUCAUUUUAUUAUUUUUGGUAAAAAAUUCUAAAAAAUGUUUGUUGAAUUCUUCAUCAUCAUCAUCACCAUCAACAACAACACAUUCAGUAGAAGUAGUGAUUAAUCAAUCUGAUGAACAACAUGUUGAACAGAGGGAUUUGAAUGAUAACCUUACUGCUACUACUACUACUAAUAAUAAUAAUAAUAAUAAUAAUAAUACCAGACAUACGAACUCAUAUACACACGAGGAACAUAAAACAUAUUGCCAAGAUAUAAUUUCUUACUUAUUAAAACCUUUAUUUAUAUUAAAAUCUUCUUAUAAAUUUCUAUUUUCUAAACGUACUACUACUACUACUGAUAAUAAUAAUAAUAAGCAUAUUUACUUAUUAACCUUAUUAAGUACAAUAUUAUUAAAACAAAUAACUAAAUCUGGUGAACAAGAUGUUACCUUAUUAUAUUUAAUGAAUCAAUCAAAUUUAUUAUGGAAUACUGAAUUAUAUGCAUAUUACAUAACAUGUUAUUAUAGUUUAAUGUUUAUACAAUUAAUUAUAUUAUUACCAAUCAUAGAGAAUAAAUUUCUUAUACGUGAUACAACAUUAAUUAUUAUUGGUUUAUUUACUGAAAUGAUACGUUUAUUAAUUUUAAGUUUAUUACAUCAUAAAAUAUUGAUCUUUUUAAGUGCUAUAAUUGGUUCACCAGCAUGUUAUAUAACAACUUGUACAAAAUCAUUAAUAAGUAAAUUAGUAAUAUGUAAUGAUGAAUUAAAUAUAAGUUUGACAAUUAUAUCUAUAAUAGAAAUUAUAGCUAAUUUUAUUGGUGGAUUCUUAUUUAUAUUUAUAUAUAAUAAAACUUUAUUAUAUUAUUCAUCAUUUAUAUUUAUAUUUGAUGUGAUAUUAAAUAUACCAGUUAUUAUUAUAUUUAUAUGGUUAAGAUAUAAAUUAAUUGAAUAUGAAUUAAAUAGAAAUUAA